GACCUAAUCAUAAUACCUUUCAAAUUGGUUUAUUAAUUGGUCAUCUUUAUUUACAAACAUUGUUCUACUGAUUAUCAUUAAUUGGUUAUCUUCAUUACAAACAUUGUUUACGGAUUAUCAUUCGGAUUUAUUUCGUUAAUUAUCAUUAAUUAAUUGAUUAAAUCGUUAUCAAUUCCUUAUUACAAAUUUUUCGAAGGGUUUACGGGAAAAUUAUUUUUUUCGUUUGAUUAGGUGUCUACAGUCCAUCAGUGGGACAGGGGAUUGUAUGUAUAUUGCUUGAUUGUUCUACCCCUGUUCCCACUCUCCCUACCCCCCUUGUUCUGUGAUUACCGGGACUUCUCAAGUACCGCAUCAGUUUAGACUGAUGUCGACGAGACAAGACACCGGGGCACUGCCACGACGCAGUGCCAGAAUCGCAGUUCGUGCCCGCCCUGCAGUACCUCCAAGACCGAAGAAACUCAGCAGACGGACGACUCCAGCAACAUCAAGUACGGCAUUGACGGUACAAGACGCCACCGGAGAUCAUCCCGCAUACCCAGUCCGAGGAGCCAAUGAGCCCGCGGCUGAUUAUCGUGGGCGGCUACUGGCAUUUUCAGAAGCCGUAGCUGCUGUCGAGGCCCAGAAGGAGAUAGCAGAGGCAGAACGUCAGCGRCUAGCCAAUGAAGCGGCAGCUGAAGCUCAGCGAACGACUGAGACUGACGCAGCGACACGAGACAGACGGAAUGCCAGCAGCACGGAGUCCUUGAUUGCUUGUGAGCAUCAGUGGACGACGAUCCUCCAAGACAUGAUCUUUGUGCCUACAGAAGCGCAGGCAGACCCAACACCGGCGGAGGCAGAGAGAAGUAACCUGGCUAACUUGCUGUUGGGCAUGAUGAGAGGUAUUAUGUGGAAUAAUACACUGCUGCAGUCACAUCUGCGCACGGACGCGACGCAGCGACAAACAUACAAGAAUGAUAUCACUACGUUAACAACUGCUAUCCGCACAGAGGCAAUACAGCAGCAGCAACAGCAGCAACUGUUGAAUUCCACUAUCACACGCGUCAACAGCAUAGAGGCUAACACCUCAGCAGUGCCAGGCUGCACGACAGACGUGACGAAGCAACUCAACGAGCGCAUCGAUCACGUCGUCACCAUCAUCGGCGACAUAAGUACGUUCACUGGACCAGACUCGAUCAGCAGCACGGUGGCCGCCAUCAAGACGGACCUCACCAAGCUACAGACGAGACCGGAACCCGCUACGAAGACGUUCAAGAUGCCGCACUUCGACAUCAGCAAAUUCGACGACUACAACAAGUCGGACGCCUUGUCAUGGUGGCAACGCUUCCUCACGGAAGCAUCAUGCCGCAUGGUCUCGGCAGACGAUAUGUUGAAGGCACUAUAUCUGCAGCUGAUUGGAGGAGCGCAGGGAUGGAUGAACCACCUAGCGGCUACACACAAGUCAGUCUAUGUAAGUCAGUCUAUGUGAGUCAGUUCGUUAUCAGACUUCCGCUGCAUAAAUGCUCAUCCUAUAUUGGUUGAUCUUUGGUUCUGCCCAUACUCAUCGAAGUAUGUAACAACUACCUUGUCCUGCCUGGUGACUGCCUGCAGCCUGCAGGGCGGGCCACUCUUAUAUAGUGCUGGCCCGUCCAGGAGGCUGCUCUUGCCAAUGCCAAAACGUGCCAGACCCUGGUGUUGAAGUUCAAACAAAGGUUGUCUUGAAAA